AUGGCGGUUAUCGAUUUUCUUCCGAAAGAGUACGGAUAUGUCGUCAUCGUCGUCGUCCUCUACUGCUUCCUCAAUCUCUGGAUGGGUUUCCAAGUCGGUGGAGCUCGCAAGAGGUACAAAGUUCCUUACCCAACACUAUACGCAAUCGAAUCAGAAAACAAAGACGCCAAGCUCUUCAAUUGCGUUCAGAGAGGUCACCAGAACUCUUUAGAGAUGAUGCCAAUGUACUUCAUACUCAUGAUUCUUGGUGGGAUGAAGCAUCCUUGCAUAUGUGCAGGACUUGGCUUGCUCUACAAUGUUAGCAGAUACUUCUACUUCAAAGGAUAUUCCACUGGAGAUCCUAUGAACCGUCUCACUAUCGGGAAAUACGCCUUUCUAGGACUGUUUGGUCUUAUGGGCUGUACAAUCUCGUUUGCCAUUACAUUGCUUCGCAGCUGA